AUGUGUAUGUGUGGCACGAUCGAAAAAUGUAUCUUCCGCUGUGGCCGAGCGCGGUAUCGCGCAUUGCGUUCGUCGUCGUCGUCGUCGUCGUCGCCGUCGCGUGUCCUCGCGGUUAAGAGCGGACCCGCCACCGGGCUGCCGGCCGCCGGGAAAACCCGAGCGUGCUUACGUGCACUGUCCCGCAAUAGAUAGAGGCCCCGAGAGUUCGUGUGGCCAACGUCCGUCGACCGUCGAUUACACAAGCGGACUAACGGGGACCGCGAAGUCACGAAGGUGUCCCAUACCUCUCGAAGUUCCAUACCGCAGAUGGUCAUCGCGAUCGAGUCGUCCGAUUUUCAUUGAUUGUAUUUAUAGUGUCCAUCCCGGUUUAUUUUCGCAUGCGGCACGACCGAAAGAACAUGCACCUAUCCGCUCCGCUGGCUGACGAGGUGUCCUGAUCGUAAGUGCUCGCCUGCAACGAGCAACAGAGUGGAGUCCUGAUGAAAUAUAGCUAUAUAUUGUUCUAAUCGUUUACCUGUUAGUGUGGUGUUGGAAGUGGAUACUCCUAGCUAGAAUUGUUACAAUUAAAACAAAAGUUGUAAGGGAAAAAAAUACAAAAUGGAAUCAGCUAUAGCUGGAAGAAGGCGGACUGCCACAAGGCAUUCGGCAGAAGAUCAAGCGCUCGAUCAAAUAGCUAAGGAGGCAGAAGCAAGGCUGGCUGCUAGGAGGCAGGCGAGAGCAGAAGCUAGAGAAAUUCGAAUGCGCGAAUUAGAAAAACAACAGAAAGAGGCAGAAGAGAACGCUGACAGGGUUUAUGAUAUGUGUACAGCUGACGUGAACAGAACAAUGAGAGUAACUCCGGAUCCAGUGCGCACAUCACGCCUUCUUACAAAUUCCAACAAUUUCCAAUCGAGUCGCCGAUCUUCGGAGGAUUCAUUGGAAGAUGCUGGAUUAAGCAGAGAUAUUAGGCUGGAAUUAAAGGAAUUUGAAGAAAAAUUUCGGAAGGCAAUGAUAGCAAAUGCUCAGUUAGACAACGAAAAAUCAUCUUAUGCCUAUCAAGUUGAUUUAUUAAAAGACAAGUUGGAAGAGUUAGAAGAGACAACGGCACAAUUACGUAGAGAAUUGAGAGAAAAGAAUCGAGAUGUUGAACAAUUAAAACGGGUCAGUCAGAGAUUGAAGGAAGAUUUGGAUUUUUGCAGAGCACAAUUGUACGAUAGGGAUGAACUUAUAAAAGAAAACGGCUUAGUCAUCGUUGAAUAUGUAAGUGAUGAUGACUAUGAAAAUACUGAAAAUGGACCAUGUCAACCUAGGAGGGUACUAGUCAGUACAGAAGCUGCAGAAUUAUUAGAAACGGCUGGUAAAGGUUCAUUAGAUGUCCGACUGAGAAAAUUUGCUUCUGAGAAAAAGGAGUUGCAGGAUGAAAUUCGACAUUUACGAUUGGAAUUAGAAGAGACUAGGAGUCGCGUAAGAUCGGAAAGAUCAUCUGGCUCAGUAUUAGGUUGCUUAUCAGAUAAUGAUGAUAUUCAGCGUGAAGCAAAUAAAUUGUUGGCGGAUUAUAAAUUCAAACUACAGAAAGCAGAACAGGAUAUGUCUACUUUGCAAGCGACCGUAGCUAGAUUGGAAAGCCAAGUAAUUCGUUACAAGUCAGCCGCAGAAGCAUCUGAAAAAGCGGAGGACGAAUUGAAAGUGGAAAAAAGAAAGUUGCAGAGAGAAGUAAGGGAAACACAAGGUCGUGUGGAAGAAUUGGAAACGGCAAACUCUCAUUUACAAAGGCGAUUGGACAAACUUAAAAAUGCAAAGUCGGCUCUUCUAAAGGAACUUUGACGGAGUGAUGUUUGCAGAGAUGUAGAAUGAGUUUGUCAUUUACUUAUACCCCGAAGAGAUGCCCGUGUGCCGAUGUUGCCUCGAUAUUAAUACUACUUAAUACUUUGGAUGUAGUUUACAAAGGCGAAGAUUACGUAUUACCGUUAUAACACUUCACAUUGUAGUGAAUGUCGUUCGGA